GCCUACCUCUUCUGGUCUCUCCAGAAGUCUUCCCUGGCACCCUCGGCCCCACUCUCCAGAGGAAUCUGGACCCCUAUACACUCCUUGCCAAAACACCCCUGCCUCUCCUACGGCACCUGUACCUGGGCCUCAGUGGACACCAAGAAUUGGAACCCUUGGCUCUGCUGCCCGUACUACCAGUUUUCAUUUCCCUCCCAUUCUUGCCCAGCCAGGACCCUUUUGGGAGCUCCUCGGGGUUACUCUCCUCUUCCUGUACACCAGAGUAACCUCAGGACUUGCUGCCCUCGAGGAGAGAUCUCCCACAACCUGCCUCCCCAUGCAUGUGCAGGCAGGAACACUGGUGCCCUUAUAUGUUGGAGUCUCAGAAGAAGGGGUGAUUUCUUCUGGGACUUAGUUACCCUGCCUCUCUUCAGCUGACUAAGCCACCAAGAUCCAGCCAAGAUCUCUACUUCUGGCCUGAGGGCCAGCUCCCCAUCCUGAAAAACCUGUCUGGGGGAACCCCUGAGGGUGUAGGGCCCAGGAGGCAGGUUGGACAAGAUUCCCCUCCAGCCCCUCCCACCCUCAGGACAAAACCAGCCACCCCAGGGGCAGGGCCUCACUUGCCUCAGAAAACUGCAGCCUGCCAGCACUCAUUCCAGCUCCCAGCCCAGCUAUGGCAUCUCUGCUACCCAGCAGAACAUUGUCCUCGAUCCUGUUUCUGCUUGCUCUCCUGGCCCCAGGGGCUGCAGACUUCAACAUCUCAAGCCUUUCUGGUCUGCUGUUCCCAGCACUAACGGAGAGCCUGCUAGUUGCUUUGCCCCCCUGUCACCUCACAGGGGGCAAUGCCACACUGAUGGUCCGGAGAGCCAAUGACAGCAAAGUGGUGAAAUCUAGCUUUUUGGUGCCUCCAUGCCGUGGGCGAAGAGAGUUGGUGAGUGUGGUGGACAGCGGGGCUAGCUUCACAGUUACCCGGCUCAGUGCUUACCAGGUGACAAACCUCGUGCCAGGAACCAAAUACUACAUUUCCUACCUAGUGACGAAAGGCACAUCCACUGAGUCCAGUAGAGAGAUUCCAAUGUCGACACUUCCUCGAAGAAAGGUGGAAUCCAUUGGGCUGGGAAUGGCCCGGACAGGCGGAAUGGUGGUCAUCACAGUGCUGCUCUCUGUCGCCAUGUUCCUGCUGGUUCUGAGCUUCAUCAUUGCCCUGGCACUGGGUGCCCAAAAGUGAGGACGCCUGCAGUGAGCAGUGGGCUCCUCCAGGAAGUCCAGGGCACCAUCUGUCUCUCCAACCCAGAGCUUUGCUCCUGCCUCCUCCCCUGUAAAGAUUGCCUGCUCCCAGUCCUCAAUCACGAGUCUUUGGCCCUAUCGGUUUCUUCACCUCCCUUCCCUCCCUCUGCCUUUCUUCUGUCCCCUAAUGCUUCAUCUUCACCCAACGCUCCCUAUUAUUUUUCUCACCCCACUCCUGUCAAAAUUGAUUUUCCUCCCCUUUCACCUCUUUCAUUACCCCCAACAACAAUUCACCCUCCUCAGUAAACAAAGUCCCUACAAUAAAGUUGGAUGCCACCUCU